AUGAAUUGCAACAUCAGAUAUUGCCUUUUUGCAGUUCUGAGUCACAGUGUUUCACUUCCAUUUGUUUUCUACGCUGUUAAUUUGCAAGCACAAAAACCUCUUUGGAGGCUGAACUUCUCAGCGAGUUUGAUUUUAGCAGAAGCCUGUAAAGCAUUUAUUGAAGACAAGGUGUCUUUCUGAAGGAAAGAAUCCAACUGCAGGGAGUACGUCACACAGAACCACCGCAUCACCUGUGCCCUUGCAGCCGAGGAGGCUGCCUGCACCCUCGCCUACCUCAUGACAUUGCACAAAGAGUUAGAGCCCUUUGAGCUUUUCAUCAGGGAGCUGUUCGUGCUCCAGAAUGUCUACUGUGCGUAUGUGGAUUGCUUCUUUCUCGGCACCUCCCUCAUUUCCUGGGCAAAGUGGGUGGUCUAGGGCAGCACCUCCCACCUGUGGGCUGACCUCCACUGCAUGAGAGACCUGCUUGGCCUUGGCCAUGCCCUGGUGCUCCUACUCAACACCUGUGGCCAGGACCUCUCCUUGAAGCACAACACGGAGGUCAUCCAGCUGCUGAAGGGCCUUGGGGGCAAGAACAUCACACCAGUGCUGCCACCUCCCCAGGUCACCACCUGCACCAAAUAUAUGCACAGGGAGAAAUUUUAG